CUUCAACCAAGCGAGUUGUUUCUAUGGCAUAGACACAGGACGUGCGUGUACUCGUAUCAUGAACUCAACCAGAUCAUGUUGUUCUCGACAAACAAAGAUUCAGUCGUAGACGCCGCAACCCCAGCAGCAGUACGAUAACACGACAAAGACGACAUCGCGACAUGUCAGGAAUGGCACCGGGCAGCGAUCGAGCCUCGACAGGCAGUUCUGCUUAUGCCGACUCUGGGAAAUAUGCAUCUUGGGGCAGGAGUAGCGAUGGCGGCAGCAGAAGGGGGAAGGAGAAGGAAAAGGACGAUGGCAAUCAUCUGACCGUCUUCCGACGACGAGGUCGCAAGUCAGGAGGCUUCUUGAUGGGAAAUAUGUUCCAGCCAAGGGACAGUGAAGACGACAAGACCGAGUCACCAUCCAAGCCGUCACUACGGAAGCCGUCGCGACUGGGCCAGAAUGUCGCGACUCCCGCCAACAACCUGGACGGCGCUCCUCCAAUGCCUCAAGCCUCCCUCGACCCGACCCAACUGGUACAGAUGGCUCUCAGUCUGAGCGAAGGUCGUCGUCGUCACGUCAGCGCCAAUCUACAAGUCCCUGCUACCGCGAACGACAAGCGCCGAGUGCGUUCUAGUGGUGCCCCUGUCAUACACGUCUCACCAGGCUCCCCCAUGGGCAAUGACUUUAUGCGCCCAACCUCCCUCGAUGACUCGGGAUACCGUGCAUCUACCGAAGACGAGGCUAGUUUUAUGUCCGGCCAAGAAGUCGAUUACGACUUCUCCCAGGCUACACUCCACCGUGCCGAAAGAGCUCGCAAGUUCUUCGAGCUAUCGUCCGAGUACAGGCGUCUGCUGUCAGUCCUGCCACCACUGAAGCCUGUCGCGACAGCUUCGUCGCCACGAUCAGAUCAUAGCCAGAAAGAGUUGGGAAGGGAGUACAAUCCUCUGCAAAUGUUGCGUAACCGCAAAGCUCGUCAUCGCGAACAGCGCCCUCUUGAUCCACCCAUCGAAGCCUACGACAACAUACCGAAGGUCAAAGCAUACAUCGAAGAGGUGGAGCACGAAGCCACCGAUGCCACCUACCGCGCCUCGUUUGACACUUCCCUUCUUCCUACCUUCCGUCGUAAUAGUCGAGGUCAGGACGAAGCUCCAAACCAGGUUACCCGCAGUCACAAACGGACCGAUACAGCAAUAUCUAGAACUUCACGCUCCGACAACGACUGGACUUUUACACCUGCCGAAUUACUGGCUGACGCUGUCUGGCUACUGCAACCCGCAAACCGAGCUUGUAUAGAAAACAGACACGGCCACAGAGUGUUCCCUCAACAACCUCGUUCGAGUUUUGAGAGCGCAAGAAGCGGUAGAAGGAGUGGGGAUAGCAGACCCUCAAUCUCACGUACAAACACUUGGGGCAGUACCAUCAAAAGCGAUGACGAGACAGACCGAGGUCGUAAGAAGCCCAAGUUCCUCUCGUUGCGCCAUGUCGACAACUCCGCACGUAAGCACUUGUUCCGAAAUAGGUCUCGGUCAAGCAGUAUUUCUAGUGCCACUUCGGCGCGUCCCUCAAAUCGAAGAAAGAAAUUACUGGGCCCUGGACAAGCGCCUGACCUUGACAACACCGGUCCUUUGGAGCGUCAAAUGAAGAAGUUGAUUGAGAAGGAGACUCUAGGCAUUGAAGAGGAUUCUCCCGAGUUUAUUUCGCCAGACAAGUGGGACAGAGGGCAAGAGCAGUCGAACGAAAAGUCGAGCGUACCACCAAAUCAAGCGGAGAGUCCGUCUCUCAACAGUCACAAACGGAACGCAUCGUCCAAGACUGGCGAGCAUGGUCCGCUGGAUGAUCGCCCCCGCUCUUCCUUCGACGACUCGACAGCUCCCAGCUCGCCUGUCGUUGCCAAUCACAUUCCCUCGUUUGGCAUGAGCUUGUCUCCCCCUACAAGUCGUCAAAGCUCCCCCGAGAGGAAGUUCGGAUUGUUUAGAGCCAACAAAAACGCUUCUGACGACAAGAUUCAUCGCACAGACUUUGCCGCUGCCAGUCAAGCCAGUCUGCCCAACUCGCGCCAGGUCAGCGAUAACGUCGAUCCACCUCGCUCCAGUCUCGAUUCUCUACGACCCCCAGGUAUCAAACGUCACAGAACCACGAAUAGUAUCACAAACACUCUGUUCAACCCUGGUCGCCGCAUGUCUAAAGAUGUUGGGGUUGGCCGUUUCUUCAAAGGAGGCCGCAUCGGAGAUUUGGUGCGCUCGGACAGUUCACGCCAGAGCGAAAAGUCUCGCAAGAAGGAUCAAACCAUCACCGAUGUUUCUGACUCUGGCUCAGACAUUGAAGAAGAAGAUGAGAACUCGCCACGCAAGAUGCCUCCUGUCAACAGGUCAAACUCCAUCCUCAUUGGAGCCACUCCCAAACAAAAGGAGAAGGAGCGCCAGAAGUUGCAUAACCCGAAUUUGCCAUCUUUCAAGUCGACCAAUCAUAUCCCUGAAAGCGACGCUGAACAAGACCACAUCGCUCGACAAAGUAAGCUGCAUAGAGAGGAGAGCAGGUCUUCCAGAUUCGACAAACUGGCCCCUCCUCGGAUCAAUCUUCCUCAUGAGGACUCGCCUUCUGUAUCGCCAACUCGGAUGCCAGCAUACUCGCGCCACUCCAGCGACGGUGGUAACCGUAGCGACCAAGACAUGCUAACUCCUCUGCGCAAAACCCGCCGGCCAGGUAUCUUCGAAACAAAUCUUCCAACCAUCGAGACUCACUCUCCAUCUCCAUCAAGGCACUCCUCGCCUUCCAAGCGUCACUGGAGUAUAUCGGAUCGUCACGGUGCCGAUACACCAAAAGCAGAAGUGGCGACCGUGACCUCGCUUGACCUAGCACGAGUUCGCGCUCUCUACCUCAGCAGCGGCAUCAAAGCUCAUGAAAUCAUCCUCCGCGCAAACAGCACCGCCUCCCCACCUUCUGACUUUUUCGUCACCGCUGCAAAGACCGCAAACCAAGGUAUUCAUCCAGUCUGCGUAAAAGAAGAAUUCACCGUCGCUGCUCGCAUGCUUCAUAGAACGAUCAAGGACCAGACGACAUCUCUGUCCAAACAGCUUUCCUCCUUUCGUCAAAACCAACUUCCAGGAUUGCACGAUAGAUUGGCAGAUCUGCGCAUCAAGGUGGAUGAAAAGUUUACGCCUCUUGUGCACUCUACAGCCGAUGAAGCGGAUGCCUUUACCGUGGCACUGACAACACAACACACGUUAUCAAUCAAACAAGUCAAUGACGCCAUCGACAAUGUGUUGAGACGCAGAAGGAGAAAAUUGAUCUUCUUGCAAAAAGCAACCUUUACCGUGCUCGAGUGGAUUGUGUUGGCACUCUUGUGGGGUGUGUGGUUUGUGGUUAUUAUCAUACGUUUCUUCAGGGGAAUUGUCUCUGGUGUUGUAGGUGGAGUUAGGUGGUUGGUAUGGCUGUAGGAAGUCACCGAGACCUUUUCAGCACAGCUCGAGGUGCAUGAAGUUCUUGAAGACGAGCUUUGUCCUUUUUGACCUUUAUUCUCUAUUUAAUAUUUCUCUUAAUUCUUUUCUAUAGCUUGACAGCACACUUCCGCUUAAUAAUACGAUUGGACAUACUCUUGCUUAUCCAUGAUUCUGCUGUCGAACAAUGGCAGAGAGAACUGGCGCCAUUUCAGAUAGUUUUAGACAUGAUGACGACAGCAAGCAGAGUGAUCUGACAUAACCAA